UGGAUGCAUCUGAUUUUAAUUUUGAUAAGAAACAUCCAGUGCUUUUAGAUGCUUCACAUCAUUUUACGAAAGUUUUAUUUGAACACGAACACAAGCGCAACCUUCAUGCUGGACCACAGUUGUUACUAGCUAUAAUUCGUGAAUUCGUGUGGCCCACUAACGGAAGACAGCUAGCUCGACGUACGUUUCGUAAUUGUUUUAAAUGUAGACGAUUACAAGGACGAACUAUGCAGCCCAUUAUGGGAGACUUACCAUCGCAACGCGUUACGCCAAGUUUCCCAUUCAAAACUGUGGGUUUAGACUUUGCCGGACCAUUCUUUAUUGUUAAUAGGAAGGGCCGCGGUGCCAUUAUUAUUAAAUGUUACCUUUGCCUUUUCAUUUGCUUACGUUACAAAUGUGUACACCUUGAAGCCGUUAGCGACUUAUCAAAAGACGCUUUCCUCAUGACAUUUCGCAGAUUCGUGUCACGCCGAGGCCGGCCAACUGAGGUGUUCUGUGAUAACGGACGCAAUUUUGUAGCAGGUUCUAAAGAAAUUAAUCAUUUUUUCAAAAUAAACUCUAAAUCUUUAUCUGAUUCUGCAAGUGAGGAUGGAAUAAAAUUUGUAUUUUCUCCAACUUACGCUCCUCACUUUGGCGGAAUCUUUGAGGCCGGAAUAAAAUCCGCAAAAUUUCACAUUAAGCGCGUUAUGGGUAAUUCACACUUAACAUUCGAAGAAAUAUCUACUCUUUUCGCACAAGUAGAGGCUAUAUUGAAUAGCCGUCCAUUAUGUCCUAUGUCACCCUCUCCUGAUGACCUCCUUUGCCUGACUCCCGGGAGCUUUCUCAUUGGCCGGGCUCUCACUGCUCUUCCUUCGCCUGUGCUGGAAAACUGCAACUACAAUAAUUUGCAACGCUACGCUCGAUUACAGCAAAUAUAUCAACAUUUUUGGCAGCGCUGGCAGCGUGAAUAUAUUGCUGAGCUUCAACAACGCCACAAGUGGAAGACCAAUUCUUCAAAACCAAAUGUAGGAGAUUUGGUACUGUUGCAAGAAGAUGAUGUUCCUCCUCUCUGCUGGAGACUUGGACGCAUAUCCAGACUAUUUUAUGGUCCAAAUGAUGGAGUACCUCGAGUCGCUGACGUCAAUACUUCUAGAGGCUGCGUGCGCCGCCCGUUGGUUCGUCUGUGUGCUUUGCCUACCGCAGAAGAACUAGAGGGUUGAAACCCGAAGAAUCGACUUUCAACGGGGGGAGGAUGUUAACGCCUACGAAAUUUUACUGAGCAAUGUUAAAUUUUUAUUUAUG